UCAUAUUGAUCGUGGCCGGCUGCACAACAUGGCGCCGGGGGUGGCGUUCGCGAUCGGCUUGAUCCUCGUCGUCGGACAGCUGAAGGAAGGGCCGGGCACCCUCGCGAAGACCUUCACCUUCCCCGAAUAUCCGUACAAGGAGACUACCAAGAAUGAACUUCUCUUCAGGCAAUUCGAGCAGGCUUGCGAGGAGAGCGGCGCUUGUAAGAUGCUACUGCCAGAAAGGAGCGGCAUUGCCAAAACGAAAUGCAUUCGCGAAUGCGUGUCACCGUCCUGUUACAAAGAGAUCUACUUGUUCGACCAGCUAGAGGAGGGCGAGAUCGACGUGAGAUUGAACUCUUUCAAGGGUUGCUUCAUGCAGCGCAACGGCCGACCGCGAAAAUAACGAAAAAAAAAGCGUUGCCAGCGAGCGAAAGAAGCUGAAAGAGGAGGGCCAAGCGCGGCUCGGGCGAACUUUUUACCACGGCGAAUGCAAAUCCUAAGCGACAGACGCACCGCGCGAACUGCGUCCGACCAGUUACCGAAUAACGCAGAAAGAAACCACCAGAGAUGAAGAAAAAGAAGAAGAAGAAGAAGAAGAAAAAAAAAAUGACAAUUUUUAAGAUACACUAUAUCCAGCUGGGGCAUUUAGAACGCGGAGUGCAAUCAAGCUACUUAGCAAACAAUACAACAGAUACAGAUACGAACUAAUAUAAAUCUAUUUCAGGAUCACGCUGAAGCGCACGCGUUAUACCACGCGGACGAAUUAAAUUCGUCCCACGAAUUGAUGUUUUUCUACUUUUUGUACGCACGUAAUUUAAACAUGUUACAAUGUUAUCGAGCAACGUUGCACGGAUCGAAUAAACUGUUAAAGCAAA